AUGUCUUCCGGAAAGGCACCCUCGGCUUUCCCUGAUGCCGAGGCCAAGCUGGCACAGCCCAUCAAGCAAUCCGCCUUCGAAAGAUCGAGAGCCGAAGCCGAAGCGAAGCGGAAGCGCGACCAAGCCGAGACUGAGGCGGUAUACAAAGAGUUCGUGAAGUCCUUCGACCAUGACGACGAUGGCGGCCGACUAAGCCGCCCCAUGCCGUCGCAAUCAUCGCGACCCCGCAUCAGCGACUCGUCUGUUGGCUUUAACACAGGCAGGCGGCACUUUGCUGCGUCGGCGAUGAAGAAGAGCGGACCGGGAACCCUGGGACCUGCCCCCGGAUACGACAGUCGGCGUUCGUUCAACGACUACUCCCGCCCGCCGAGAGUCACCGGCUCCUCGGCUGGCAGUCAAGAGCUGCAUUCUAACAGGCUGUCAGUAUCCGCCUUCAACAGUGACAGCGACGAGGACGAAGUCCAGAGGGACGCUGCGCAGAGAGCUGAACUCAAGGCCGUGGCGAAGCCCCAGCUCCGAAUGAUGAGCAUGCCCGCAGGUGUUUCCCCGGCGGCCAUUCGAGCUCUCCUGCCCGAUUUGAAGAUUGAAGCUGUCAAGAUCGAGUCUACGUCUGGACCCAGCCAUGGUCAGAAGAGACUUGCAAAUGCCGUCAUCACCUUGGCGAGGGACACGCCGGGAAGUGCAAUGGAUGCGGCUGUUAGUUCUCUCCAGAAUCGAUACCUCGGCACCGGCAACUAUCUGUCGAUUCAGCGGCACCUAUCUUCGGCCGUCCUCAACCCUGCCGGCGCAUCGCCUGGCGCAUCAUCGGCGCCUCUACCGUUUGGUGCCAAAGCCAUAGAGCAAAAUUUGGGCCCGCGUGGAAACAAUACCUACCAGAGCCGCCACCGUGGUUUCGCGCCUCCUUCGUCGUACGCGCGACCCGGUACUGGCUUGGACAGACUGGGCCAGUUUUACGUCCCGGUAACGGUCCCGGAUGAUCUAAAGCUGUUUCGCCAGAUCCAUUCUGUCGUUGAGCGUAUCAUUCAACAUGGCGCAGCGCAUGAAGCCCGACUCAUGUCACGACCGGACAUACAGCGAGACGAGAAAUGGUCUUGGCUGUGGGACUCGAAAAGCACCGCGGGUGUAUACUACCGCUGGCGUCUUUGGCAACUCAACACCGCGUACAAACCUAGUCCUCAAAAGGAACCCCAUGUCCGUGUCUGCGACGAGAAUUUGACAUGGAAGGCCGUUGAGCAUCUGCCGUUUGAAAACGUCUCCGAGUUCCGUGAGAUCGCCUCGGAUCCUGAUUACAACUCUUCGGAUGAGGAGGACGAUCUUGAACCCGGCAAUGCAGGCAAUGGUGGCAGUCUUGAAGCCGAGCGACCUUACCUGAGCCCCCUGGACCAGGCAAGGCUCGCUUUCCUCCUGAGCCGCCUCCCAGAGAGCCAUUCUAAACUCCGAAAAAGGGAUGUCGCCAGAGUUUCUGUUUUCGCGCUUUCCCACGCCGACCGUGGCCCUGCAGAAAUCGUGGACAUGAUCGUGACCAACAUAGCGAAGCCCUUCGUCUUCACGACCGCCAACCCGGAGUACGACCCGGCCGCAAAACCGCCUACAGACGCCGUGGGGCCAGAAGACGCGUCUGCUAGUGAAGCCGCUGACACCAGCGCUGCGAGCCUGGUAGGCUUGUACAUCGUCAGUGAUAUACUCGCCACGGCGGCCACCACGGUCUACCGCCACACUUGGCGAUAUCGGGGGUUGUUUGAAAAGUCGCUCAAGGAGCGUCAAGUUUUUGAGCACCUUGGGUCAAUACCAGAGAAGCAAGGUUGGGGCCGUCUCCGAGCCGAGAAGUGGAGACGCAGCAUCAAGCUGAUACUUAACCUGUGGGAGGGAUGGAGUGUAUUUCCGACGAAGACCCUGGCAUACUUCACAUCUAUGUUUGAGGACCCACCUUCUCUUCAGAAGCCCGAGAACGAGCCUCAGGAUGAGGUGGACAAGGGCAAGUGGAAAGCGGUGGGAUUGUCGGCGGCGGGGGCGGCGGGCAACACGCAGUCCAAUGAAACCCACGCGGGUGACGUGGGAGGAGUGCCAAUCCAAGAAGCCGACGUCCAAGGUGAGGCCGUCGAUGAUGAAGAUGUUGCUGGCGUUCCGGUUGAGGAAGAUGACAUCCAGGGAGAGCCAAUCGACGACGAUGAUGUGGAGGGCGAGCCCAUCGAUGAAGAUGACAUGGAUGCCGACACUGACGGCGAUACCGCGAUGAAGGCCACAAGCCCAGACGAUUCGGAUGGGCCGCCGGGUGAAAAGGAACAAAGAGAAGAAAAUACGAAACGACGGAACGAUAGCCCUGGCGUGGAUGGGCAACCUGGCGGUUCAGACAAUCCCAUUCGACCCGAUUCCCAGGAUGAAAGGAAUGGACCUCCCAGGAAGCGGAUGCGCGCUGUCGACAUGUUUGCUGAUUCGCUGUAA